AUGAAAUUGGGGAUUAUACGAUGGAAGGAUGACCCUUUGUGGUGGAGGGGCUUGCCAGAUUUGCCGACGUCCUUCUCGUUGGGCGCAAAAGUUCUCGUCGGUCUUCGUGACGACGUCGGCGAAGAGCUCCAUCACGAUUCAACGGCGGGGCUGCUGAUGGGAGGCAGCGACGUUGCCAGAAUUUCAGUUCUGCUUCCCCUCGAAUCUUGCUGUGAAUCUCCAGCCGAGACGUCUCCGGGGUUCAUCAGACACGAAAACCCGAUUGGUCUCUCACUCUCUCACUCUGUUCUUCGUCACCUUCGAGUGCUUCGUCUGCCGAGAGCUAGCCUUCGUGCCACCGCGCCGUCGACGUCGCCUAGCUUCCCCUCGCCGGAUAUAGCCCAUGCGCGGUGCUUUCCGGCGAGCCUCUGUGUAAAGUUACUUUCCUACGAGCAGCUUCGUCAAGUGGUUAGUGCCAUGCGGAGAGUGGAUUUUCUGAGUUGCACGAUAGAUAGACAGAGAAAUAUGAGGCUUGAUGUCGACAAUAUGUCGUAUGAGGAAUUACUGGCUUUGGAGGAACAAAUACGGAACGUGAGCACCAGUUUGAGUGACGAUCGAGUUAGCGGGUCUGCCGGUGUACUUGAUAUUUAA